AUGACACUAUUCACUAUCAACCUUCUUUAUAACCUGCGUACCUCAAAUUCCAUUGAGUUUGACCUGGGGGACGAGUACGCUGGCACCUUUAAGGAGAAAUAUCUCAGAACAAUCAAAUCUAGGGACCAGCUCUAUACAGAUGAGUUCUAUCAAAAACUCACUGUCAUGGGCCAAAUUGACGACCUUGUGAACGAGCCCAUCGAACGCGUGUCCUUUAAUGAGACGUUAGACCCAAUGAACGUUCUGAAAGAAAAAUACCCCAAUGCCGACGACUACGCCAGCCUUGCUACCGCUCAGCAGGCGCAGGUGUACCUGAAUGAUGUGCUUCCAAAAACGGGUUUCAAAUUCAGACCUAUCCAAGAGACCAUAUACCGAGAUGUCUACAAUCCCAAAAAUUAUUUGGAGUCCAGACUUUCAAAAUGGGUGGCUCUGAAGGACAUUCUUUCGCCGGAGGAAAUGAGCAACCUGGGUUUGACAGAUGAGCUUUUCAAGUCUAAUCUGCUUAGGAUAAAGGAUCUCAAGCUUAAGAUCAACGAGAAUUCUUCCAGAGAGAUCCUCAAUACCCUGAACCACAUGAGAAUAGUCAAUAAACUGUUCUUUCAGAACCCAGCUCUUUUUGAAACUCCUGAAAUGAACGAUCUUUGUCGUGAAGCAACAAAGGCAGUGUACCCAUGGCUUUCCGGAUACUAUCCCACCUUUACGAAGUACAAUAAGCGCAUGGAUGAAGUCAACACUGAUGUAUUUGGGGAGGACGAUUCUACCUGCCUGCUGAAAAGAAUUCAAACAAAACUGUCCGGGCGCGGAAUUGUCAUCACAGCCUCAGACAGCCAGGUGCCAGAGUUAAGCGGACUGAUUGCCCUUCUCCGGGUCUCUGGAAACAAGCUGCCGAUCGAAAUCUUCCACAACAACGAUCUUAGUCUGACAUCCAUCAAGAAGUUGAUCGAAGUGGCCACGGAUCCAAUCAUGAAACUGCCAAAGGGGACUAAGUUCACCAAGCAGCCGAUCCAAGACCUCACCUUUGUAGACGUCUCCAAAACUGUCAUCUUCCGCUACAAGCACUUCUUCCAAAGGUGGUAUAUGAAGCUGCUAGCCUGCCUGUUCAGCUCUUUCGGGGAAAUCAUUGUUCUGGACACAGAUACCGUUCCGCUACUAGCAAUUGAAGAAUAUUUGCAAUUGCCUGCUUACAGAGACACACACACACUGUUCUUCAGGGACAGGGAAGCAAAUUCGUUCCUUUACGAGGGAAUCAUGAAAUUCUUCAUUGAAUUUUUGAAUACUGACGCAGAGCGUGACUAUCUCCAGUUGAAGAUGCCUACAGAUGAGAUUUUACACAAUAGAUUUUUUGGAGAGAAGGCAAGACACUACAUGGAGGCCGGCCUAUUUGCACUCAACAAAAAAGAAAAAUUCGAUGGUCUUUUGGUGGCUGCAUCAAUGCCUUUCUUCAAACUCAUCUCCAAUUCGGUCCAUGGAGAGAAGGAAUUCAUCUGGCUCGGUCAAGAAAUUAUGGGCAGGACCUAUAGAUUUAAUUCCCAUCCAGCUGUCGCCGUAGGUUCAUUGACGGACAAAAAACGUCGACUGGUCGCAAAUGAGCUGUGCUCGACCCAUCCCGGACACAUUUCAGACGACGCCAAGAGCUUGCUAUGGUUCAACUCAGGAUUCUUAACCUGUAAACGUCCAGAUUCCUAUUAUAAGGACAUCAACUACGAAAGGAACGAAGGAAAGGACCUGCUGCAAUUGAAGAAAGAGUACAUUUCUCCACUGCACAUCACCAGUGCGGUCAUUCCUCCUCCAGCAGAAUACAAUUUCGAUACCGGAGAUGGAGAGCCAACACGUGGAUGGGUGAUGACGUCGCAGUGUGAGAACUACCUUUGGUGUGCCUACGAUGUUAUUGGCGGAGGAAAAAACGAGAAGAUUCCUAAAGGGCAAGUUAUUUCGUUCCGUGCCCAGGACACAGAGAAAUGGGACAACCUGGGAGAAAUCUGGGUGACGUACUUCAAGAUUGCCAGUAAAGGUACAAAGACCGACUUGGGUUACGUUGAGGACGACGCAUUCGAUGAGUUGGGACUGGACAAAAUGCCUUUUGGAGAGGAGGAAGACACAGGGAAUACACACCAGAGAGGUGGGUUUGCAUCAUCCAGUGGCUCUUUUGGAGGAGCCACCAAAGCAGGCGAGAAGAACAGCAAUGCUUCAGAGAAGGGUGCGGGUAUGAAGAUCAAGAAGCCAGUCAAAGGACAGGACUCCAAUGACGCUUCCGAUUACGAGGAGUACGAUGAUUCUAGAAGACUAGCGGCCGCAGGCACAAAGAAAAAAGCCGGUAGUUCCAGCAAGAGUACACUGAACGAUGAUGAUGCGGAUUAUUUCGAAAGUGAUGGCUCUGAAAUGAGCAAAGGCUAUAAAGAAACUGACGAUUUCGAUUCGGUGGUGAUCGAUGACGAGUUGUCUCGAGAGGCGGCUGAGGAGUCCAGCUCAUUGUCUAAGGCCGGAAAGAACAUAAAUGAGUUCUUUAACGCGUUUGGGUUUGGGUCACGGAACAAAAUUGAUUCUUCAAAACUUUCUUCCUAUGCUGAUGACUCGGAGAUAGACCUGGACUCUUAUGCAGCCCAGAAAGAGGAAUCAAGCUCAGAAAGGGAUGUUUUCAGUGAAGAGCUUCUAAAGGAACUGCAGUCCGAGAGCGCUCAAGAUUAA